AUGUGUAACCCGGCUCUUAUCACCCAGACGGCCGCGCUAAUGGCGCUGAUGCACAUUAUUGGAUUAUUAUGGAUAAUAACACCGUUAUGGGCAGUAGAAGAUGUGCUGAUGGACUCCACAACAGCGACAGCAGAGCUGGGCUGGACGAUAUACCCAUCAUUAGGGUGGGAGGAAGUGAGUGGCUACGACGAGAACAUGAACACUAUUCGCACCUACCAGGUGUGCAACGUCUUCAGAGCCAACCAAAACAACUGGGUGCGCACCAAUUACAUUCGCCGCCGAGGCGCUCAGCGCAUCCACGUGGAGAUCAAGUUCUCGGUAAGAGACUGCAGCAGCGUCCCCAACGUCCCAGGCUCCUGUAAGGAGACCUUUAACCUCUACUAUUUUGAGUCAGACUCAGACCUAGCCACCAAAGUGCACCCUCCGUGGAUGGAGAACCCCUGGAUCAAAGUGGACACUAUAGCGGCGGACGAGAGCUUCUCACAGGUGGAUCUGGGCGGCAGGGUGAUGAAGAUCAACACAGAAAUGCGCAGCUUCGGACCUGUGUCUCGCAACGGCUUCUACCUGGCCUUUCAGGAUUACGGAGCCUGCAUGUCACUCAUCGCUGUGCGAGUGUUCUUCAGGAAGUGUCCCCGCGUGGUGCGGAACGGAGCAGUUUUUCCUGAGACUUUAUCAGGUGCUGAGAGCACUUCAUUGGUGGCUGCUAGGGGCACGUGCAUACCUAAUGGAGAGGAAGUGGAUGUGCCCAUUAAACUUUAUUGCAACGGAGAUGGCGAGUGGUUGGUCCCUAUCGGGCGCUGCAUGUGCAAGGCAGGACAUGAGGCUGUAGAGAACGGCACCACCUGCAAAGCAUGCCCUUCUGGAUUUUUCAAACCAUCCCAAGGAGAUCAGCCGUGCCUGCAGUGCCCCAUUAACAGCCGCACCACUAACGAAGGAGCCACCAGCUGUGUCUGCCGCAACGGCUACUACCGCACCGAUUCAGACCCAGCUCAGAUGCCCUGCACAACUGUACCCUCCGCCCCUCAGAGAGUGCUUUCCAGUGUGAACGAGACAUCGCUCAGGCUCGAGUGGGUUCCCGCACGUGACAGCGGUGGGCGUAAUGACCUGGUCUACAACAUCAUCUGCAAGAGCUGCGGAUCGGGUCGAGGCGCCUGCACGCGCUGCGGAGACAACGUGCAGUUCGUGCCGCGGCAGCUGGGCCUCACGGAACCGAGGGUGCAUAUCAGCGACCUGCUCGCGCACACGCAGUACACUUUCGAGAUCCAGGCGGUCAACGGAGUGUCUGAUCAGAGCCCUUACUCACCCCAGUUUGCCUCGGUCAACAUCACUACCAACCAGGCGGCUCCGUCAGUGGUAUCCAUCAUACACCAGGUCAGCAAGACAAUAAACAGCAUCACACUGUCAUGGUCUCAGCCAGAUCAGCCGAACGGAGUCAUCCUAGACUACGAGUUGCAGUAUUAUGAGAAAAACACGGCUGAGCUGAACUCGUCUGUACUGAGAAGCCAGACUAAUACAGCUGUGAUUCGAGGUCUAAAACCCGGAACCAUCUACGUGUUUCAGGUGCGAGCUCGGACCGUGGCCGGAUUUGGACGCUUUAGUGGGAAAAUGUACUUUCAAACCAUGACUGAAGAGGAGUAUGAUUCAAGCCUGAAGGAGAAACUCCCUCUCAUCAUCGGCUCUGCUGCUGCAGGCAUUGUUUUUCUCAUCUCUGUCAUUGUGCUGAUCAUUGUCUGCCAUCGGAGAGGAAGUGACAGACCAGAUUCUGAGUUUACAGAUAAGCUCCAGCACUACACCAGCGGCCACAUGUCACCAGGAAUGAAGAUCUAUAUCGAUCCUUUUACUUACGAGGACCCCAACGAGGCGGUGCGUGAGUUUGCUAAAGAAAUAGACAUGUCCUGUGUGAAGAUCGAACAAGUAAUUGGUGCAGGUGAGUUUGGGGAGGUGUGCAGCGGCAAUCUUCGCCUGCCUGGGAAGAGAGAGAUCCUGGUGGCUAUUAAAGCACUUAAAUCAGGCUACACCGAGAAGCAGAGGAGGGACUUUCUGAGUGAGGCCAGCAUCAUGGGCCAGUUUGAUCACCCCAACAUUAUUCACUUGGAGGGUGUGGUGACUAAAAGCAGUCCUGUUAUGAUCAUCACCGAGUUCAUGGAGAAUGGAUCGCUGGACUCUUUCCUCAGGCAAAAUGAUGGGCAGUUUACAGUGAUCCAGUUGGUGGGCAUGCUGCGGGGUAUAGCAGCAGGUAUGAAGUAUCUGUGUGACAUGAAUUAUGUGCACCGAGACCUGGCUGCCCGCAACAUUCUGGUUAACAGCAACCUAGUGUGCAAAGUGUCCGACUUCGGGCUGUCCCGCUUUUUGGAGGAUGACACGUCAGACCCAACUUACACCAGCACCCUGGGAGGGAAGAUUCCCAUCCGAUGGACCGCGCCGGAGGCAAUCCAGUACAGGAAGUUUACCUCCUCCAGCGAUGUGUGGAGCUAUGGCAUCGUCAUGUGGGAGGUCAUGUCCUAUGGAGAAAGACCAUACUGGGACAUGAGCAAUCAAGAUGUGAUCAAUGCUAUAGAGCAGGAUUAUAGAUUACCUCCUCCUAUGGAUUGUCCCAAUGCAUUACACCAGCUAAUGCUGGACUGCUGGCAGAAGGACCGAAACAAUCGACCUAAAUUUGGACAGAUUGUGAACACCCUGGACAAAAUGAUCCGCACCCCCAACAGCCUGAAGGUCACCACUCCGCUCUCUUCAGGUGUGCAUCUACCUCUGCUGGACCGCAGCACUCCAGACUUCUCCAGCUUCAGCACUGUGGAUGAGUGGCUGGACGCCAUCAAGAUGGGCCAGUACAAGACCAACUUCGACAACGAGGGCUUUAGCUCCUUUGAUGCAGUGUCACAGAUGACUCUAGAUGAUAUCCUGAAAGUUGGAGUGACUCUGGCUGGCCAUCAGAAAAAGAUCCUCAACAGCAUACAGAUGAUGCGAGCUCAGAUGAACCAGAUUCAGUCGGUGGAGGUUUGACCCUCUUGGGUAGAAGCUCCUGGACUGAAUCCCUCUUCCAGCCCCCCUGGCUUCAGAAUCCAACUGUGGUCCUUUCUGUGGAGAUGUCCUCUGUAGGGAAGGCCCUGGUGAGGGAAUCCCACACAUGAAACAUCCCCCAAACCAGCAGCAGGCAGCAGGAAACGUUGUACACCAGGGAUAGCUGAUGAAGUGAUGGAACUCUUCAUUAUUGUGCACUGACAGUGAUGAUUCUACGAGAAGUUUUCAGUUUGAUCACUAUUAGUUUAUAAGCUUAUUUUGACCCUAAAUGUGGGAAUCUUUGCAGAUUAACCGGCUACCCUUCAAAAGGACAACAGGUCAAAUCAAUAGUGCUCUUUUUUAUCUGUCCUAGUAUUCUGUUAAAGUAAAAGGAGAUAAAAGAAGCAUAGAGACGAUGAGGGUUUGGUAUGGACUGUGGACUAAUGGCCAAAUGAAAAGCCUCUUACAUUCCUGCUGUCAUAUGGUUAGGAAGGAUCCAUGUGGCAGCUAAUUCCCAAGUGGGCACUUGUAGAAAUUGUAAAAAGUUA